AUGGCGUUGAAGCACCUGCUGGCAUGCCUUUCCCUGGUGGGCCUGGAGGCAAAGAAGGCCUUGGUGAUCGUUGACACUCAGGACUGCUUCCUGGAGAAUGGCAGCUUGCCAGUCGUCGCUUCGCAGAUCAUCCCGAAGCUGAACCAGAUCCGCAACGAGAAGGAUUGCCUUUUUGACCUGGUGGUGAAGACUCAGGAUUACCACCCAGCUGGGCACAUCUCUUUCGGGACGUCUCAUGGUAUGGCCCAAGACUCGCCCAAUGCCCAGAUGUCAAACUCCUGGCGUGGAGCCAUGACAAUGCAGUGCAUCAAGAAUGGUGGCAACGAUGAGGCUUGCUGCCCACUCUACUACGUGAACAGCUCUGCCGUGACAUGCAACCCUCCCUUGGAGUACUGCGCACCAGACGGGUUCUACAACAGCUCAACGAACCCCAUGCUGAUGAACAACCCAGCUUGCACUACCUGCAAGAAUUCUCCGGACUCCUGCUUCAGCAUGAACAUGGAGCUUUGGUUGGACCACUGCUUGCAGAGCGGGGACUCCGCACUGGCUUCGAACUUGGUGAGCAAGACCACGGACGUCAUCGUCCAGAAGGGCCAGAUUCCGUACAUCGAGAUGUUCAGCGCGUUCAUGGACAACACCAGGAACUACAAGAGCGAAUUGGAUGCCAAGUUGAAGGAGAACGGCAUCACAGAAGUGUACGCCGCAGGCAUUGCAACCACGCACUGCGUGCGUUGGACGGUUCAGGACGCAAUCUUCCUGGGGUACAAUGCAAGCAUCAUCAUGGACGCCUCCGCUGGCAUCUGGGGAACUCCCACAAGCUACGCCAAUGAGAGCGAGGCGAUUGCAGACUUCCAAAGGCAGGGCAUCACCGUUUUGAACACAGCGGACCUCCUGAAGAUGACCUGCGAAAGUGUCGCCCAGGACACCAGCAAUGCUAUGGCAAGCUCCAUGAGUUUGCUUUCCCUCAUGGGCCUUUCCAGCCUUUGGAGCUGA